CUCUCUCUCUCUCUCUCGCCCACAGAGUACUAAUCUUCAUUCCACAUAUCUUAAUCAUCUGUACAUUGUCACUGCAAAUUAAUAAACCCUAAAAAUCAAAGAUGUUGCAAGACAUGUGGAAUGGUCCACCUGGUUUCAGACCUACUAAAUCCGCUCCUUGUUCACCCGCCAAGCCUCUUGGGGUCUCGAGAACUCGAUCCGAGUCCUUCCAUGUGACCCACAAAGUCCCAGUUGGCGACACUCCUUACGUGAAAGCCAAAAAUGUUCAAUUGGUGGAGAAGGACCCGGAAAAGGCGAUACCAUUGUUUUGGGCAGCCAUUAAUGCUGGAGAUAGAGUGGAUAGUGCUCUGAAAGAUAUGGCUAUAGUAAUGAAACAACAAAAUAGGGCUGAAGAAGCCAUUGAAGCCAUAAAGUCACUGCGAAGUCGGUGUUCAGAUCAAGCUCAAGAGUCCCUUGAUAACAUCCUAUUAGACCUUUACAAGAGAUGUGGAAGGUUGGAUGACCAAAUAGCAUUAUUGAGGCGCAAGCUGUUCUUGAUUCAUCAAGGAAUGGCAUUUAAUGGCAAGCGCACAAAGACAGCACGAUCCCAAGGGAAGAAAUUUCAGGUUUCUGUGGAGCAAGAGGCAACUCGAUUACUGGGGAAUUUGGGGUGGGCACUGAUGCAACAGAACAACUACAUUGAAGCUGAAGAUGCUUAUAGGCGGGCGCUAGUGAUUGCUCCAGACAAUAACAAGAUGUGCAAUCUGGGCAUUUGCUUGAUGAAACAAGGGAGAAUUACUGAGGCUAAAGAGAAUCUCCGACGAGUGAAACCAGCAGUUGCAGAUGGCCCACGAGGCGUGGAUUCCCAUCUCAAGGCAUAUGAGAGGGCAGAGCAAAUGCUCCGGGACCUUGAAUCGGAAAUGAUGAAUAGAUGUGCUGAUAGGGUCGAACAGAGCAAACUGUUUGAUGCUUUUCUGGGAUCUUCUGCAAUUUGGCAGCCUCAGCCAUGUAAGGAACAUACAGUAUUGUCAGCAACAAAUUCAUUCAAAUCCCGGGAUGAAUUUGCUGACGAGAACAUCAAUUCAAACAUCAUAGCAAACCCACUGAUUCUUCCCGGACAGAAAGUUGUCAAGCAAUUGGGGUUUUGGGGGAACUCACUGAAUAUUGAUGCACCACCAUUCUAUUCGUCGAAAUCUGUUAGUGACCAAUUUCCAGAAAGCCUUAAGAGAACAAGGUCUGGAAAUGCUGCCAACUUAAUCAGACCAAAUGAAAUGGGAGAAUUGAGGAAACCUUUUAUGGAGCCAGAAAAUAAGGCACGUAAGCAGUCAAUUUCACCUGAGCAAACAGGGGAGAAGUGGAGAGAUUUGCUACCGGAUAACAAGGACUUUGAGGAGGCAAUAAUUGCAGCAGUUUUGGAUACGGCUAAUGAAAUGGGGAAGAAGGUGGAAACUAGUAAUGGUGCUGCGAUUUCUCAGAGGAAGAUCGAUAAGAGGCUGAAGGUUUUUCAAGAUAUGACCUUAUCUUUGAGUCCAAAAGCUUGACUGACAGCGCGCGGUCUUUCAACAUUAGCUAAUUUCCAGAGAGUAACAUUAGCUAAUUUAAUUCUAUUUAAAUUAUAAUAACUUAUAGGUUGGAGAUGAACUUGUUCUCCUUUGCUUCCAUUCCUUAAGGGGAGGGAUUAUGCAGUAAUGGUGGUGGGUAGGUCUAAUGUUAGUACAAGUGCAAGGUGGUUGUUGGUGUUUGUCCACUCAACAGCUGAGCAUAUUUCUUAUUUAUGUUUUUACCUCUACUACGUAUGGCAUCGAUGUAAUAAAAUAAUAAAAAUUAAAUGUUACAUUUUUU